AUGAAAUCAACAGAACCAUUUCCUUGUGAUAUGUCAGUGAUAAAUUUACAAGAAGCUUCCUCAUCACCUACAACUACACCUAAGCGUAAAUCUUCACAAUCAACACCUCUUGUCUCCACUCCUGUACGCAAAGCUGAGGCAAAAAAACCGGAAAAGAAAGAUCGUUCAUUUGGUCAUAUUUUUGAUCUAUGGGGAUCAUCGGAUGAUAACACUUCUAGCCAAACUUCUAGUCAAGAUAAACAAAUGUCUGUGAUUAAUUUUGUAAAACAAGGUCAUAAUGUCUUUUGUACUGGUGGUGCAGGGACAGGGAAAUCUUAUCUUAUUCAUCGUAUUGUAGGUUUACUCCCUCCAGAAUAUACUGCUGUAACUGCUAGUACAGGUUCCGCUGCUAAUCUUAUCGUGGAUUGA